AUUACUGUGCAGUGAUUGGUUAGGGGGAGGGGAGAUGGUUACAUUACUGUGCAGUGAUUGGUUAGGGGGAGGGGAGAUGGUUACAUUACUGUGCAGUGAUUGGUUAGGGGAGGGGAGAUGGUUACAUUACUGUGCAGUGAUUGGUUAGGGGGAGGGGAGAUGGUUACAUUACUGUGCAGUGAUUGGUUAGGGGGAGGGGAGAUGGUUACAUUACUGUGCAGUGAUUGGUUAGGGGAGGGGAGAUGGUUACAUUACUGUGCAGUGAUUGGUUAGGGGGAGGGGAGAUGGUUACAUUACUGUGCAGUGAUUGGUUAGGGGGAGGGGAGAUGGUUACAUUACUGUGCAGUGAUUGGUUAGGGGGAGGGGAGAUGGUUACAUUACUGUGCAGUGAUUGGUUAGGAGGAGGGGAGAUGGUUACAUUACUGUGCAGUGAUUGGUUAGGAGGAGGGGAGAUGGUAACAGCGGUGAAAUUGUUGCACUGGAGUCGGUGGGAGCAGUUGCUGGUGUUGGCAGCUCAGUGGCUGCAGACAUUCAAACCAGUUCUGGGGAGUGAAGAAAACCGAUGAAAAACAAGUUACAACUUUAAGCUGAACAAGUCCUGAGCACUUCUCUAACCCCCUCCCACCACCUCCACCACCACCACCUCCACCACCACAUGGGCAAACACACACAUGUGACAGAAGAUCAACAGCUCCUGACAGAAAAGUGACCAGAAAAACAUGUUCAUAUCCAACACUUGCAAAGAGAACAGCAACACCAUGAAUUCGGAAAAGCUCUCCACCGAAUACCUCAUUUGCACCAACUGUCAGAAGGUUCUCCGCAAGGAAAAAGGGGCGAGAGUACCUCGCCCUCUGACAACAGGACCAAGUGCCUUUAUACCAGCAACAGAGAUUGUCCAAGCCAACUCUGUAGAUGGGCAUACCGACUUGCUAUUUCUGGAAGAAUACUCCACCACCGGUCACCUUGACAACGCCACACAAGUCAUGGGUUUGCAUCCUCAAUACCUGGAAUCCUUUCUCCGAACCCAGUAUUACAUCUUGCGUAUGGAUGGACCUCUCCCUUUUGAGCACAGGCACUACUUAGCUAUAAUGGCUGCAGCUAGACAUCAGUGUUCGUAUCUGAUAAACACUCAUGUCAAUGAGUUCCUUCAGGUAGGUGGAGAUGGAGAGUGGCUGAAUGGUUUGGAACACAUCCCACAGAAACUGAAGAAUCUCAAUGAGAUCAACAAAAUCCUGGCACACAGGCCCUGGCUGAUCACCAAGGAACAUAUCAAGAAAUUGCUUAAAACUGGAGAGAACAGCUGGUCUCUGGCUGAGCUGGUCCAUGCCAUGGUCCUGUUGGCGCAUUACCAUGCCUUGGCAAGCUUCGUUUUCGGAAGUGGAAUUUACCCGGAGAUUGACCAAGAUAGCAGCCAGAGCUUCAGGGCACCGGCCAUCAGCAACUUCUGUGGCUGUAGCGUCACCAAUCAGAACAACAAAGAGGAUGUCCUAUUUAUGAACAGCAGUCCUGGGACCUCAGACUCGGUCAGUGAGCUGGAAAAUCUAAUGGAAAGAAUGAAGAGACUCCAGGAAGAGAAGGAAGAAGAGGAAGAAGCAUCACAAGAGGAGAUGGCAACACGGUUUGAGAAAGAGAAAAAGGAGAGCCUUUUAGUAGCCACUGGAGCUUUCGAAGAUGAGGUAAUUCCAACCUCUUACAUAUCUCGCUAUGUAGAAGACCCAAGCUUUGGGUAUAAAGACUUUGCCAGACGUGGAGUUGAUCACCUGCCGACGUUUAGAGCACAGGACUACUCCUGGGAAGACCAUGGCUUUUCUCUUGUGAACAGACUUUAUUCCGACAUUGGCCACCUGUUGGAUGAAAAAUUUCGCAUGGUCCGCAAUCUAACCUACAACACUAUGGCAAUACAUGAAGACGUGGACACAACCACAUUAAGAAGAGCUAUAUGGCACUAUGUUCAUUGUAUGUUUGGUAUAAGAUAUGAUGAUUACGAUUAUGGUGAAGUCAAUCAGUUGCUGGAACGUAGCCUGAAAGUUUAUAUCAAGACAGUGACCUGCUAUCCUGAGAGAACCACAAAACGCAUGUAUGAUAGCUAUUGGAGGCAGUUCAAACACUCUGAAAAAAUUCAUGUUAAUUUUCUGUUAAUGGAAGCGCGUAUGCAGGCAGAACUCCUGUAUGCUCUGCGUGCCAUAACUCACUACAUGACCUGAAGGUGGAGGAAUGCUGACAUUUCUUGCAUCAAGACUGAUGAUGGAUGACCCACGAAUGAAACUAAAUCAGUAUCCAUGCUGAUUCUCAGUUACCAGGACAAUACAUACGAAGCCCAUUCUCAAUGAUUGCCCCAAUCUCUGUGGCAAUGAUGUGCGAUUUAUGCUGUUUGUAAAUUAACCAAAAUGUUGACACUAAAGUUUUAACACUGAAACGUUAGCACUGCUUUACUUCUAAUCACUCACCAGAUUUCCACACUCUUGGUGUACAUUUGGCAAUGCUACUGUUCUUGGUUAUAGUCAUCAUUAAUGUGAAGGGGGAGGGGUUUGAGGGCCUUGGUUGUUUGGAAAAUGGGCUCUUAGCCAAAUGUGAAUUGGACAGAAAACUCAUAUCUACAAAGUAUUGUUUGCUUUAAAUUUAACGUGAACGUUUUUCUCUUCCUGUGAAUUGCUUUCUUAUUUGCAUUAUAGCAAAAUUCUGUUUGCACAUCUGCCUUUUUAUAAGCUAAAUUCAGGAGUUCCGUAGACCCAUGAUGUAGGAACCUGGUUCACUGAAGACAGACAAGCAGUUAAACAAUAAGUAUAUUUGUCUGUGUGUGCAUGUGUUGAUAUAUGUGUUUGUGUGUGUGUGUGUAUGUAUAUGUGAUCUCAUCUAAAAUGCAGCAUGCAUUUCUGAUCUACCUGUUGAUUAUCCUAGCUUGUGUUUGACUAUAGCCACAAUCCUUCAUGUGUACCUCUUUUCGUUUUCUUAGUCUGGAAUGUAACCAUCCAUAAUAAAAUGGAAAUUAGUUUGUAUAUAUAUAUAAAAACACAUAGGACUGGUGAAAAUAUUACUACAUGGCAGCCCUGUUAUAAUGCUCCUGUUGUGGUAUAUCAAGGUUUUGCUUCUAACUUUGAUGUCCUGAGUUAUACCUGGCUUCUGGCAUUAACUAGUCAGCUUUAGGCCUAAAAAAUGCUAACUUCUGAGUCUUAGGUCAUCCCUGGCAUCACGUCCUGUCCAUUGCAUGCACAUUGAUGUAACUUCCUGUACAUUGUGUAUGCCUCCUAUGCACAGGAAGCAGCACUAACAUCGCUUUGCGAAAAAAGUGAGGUCAGUGCUACUUGCACAUGCGAACAACACAUAGGAAGGGAUGUUGGCAGCAAGCUGACGUCCUGGAAAUUUGCCAUUUUUCACACUUUACUUAUAACACAACUGCUGAGAUAUUGGACCCAGAGGAUCUCACAGUAAUGAGUACCUUAAUAGUCGGAUUAACAGUGUAUGGCUUCGGUAGAAUUGCAAAGGGAUGGGGAUAAGUGAUGAAUGAUAAUAUGAGUUGCAUAAACCAUAUGUAAUUGCUGGAGUUUGUUGUGUGAGUUGUGUCAACCAAUGUUAACACAUACAUUAUUUACAGGUGCACUUAGUUAUGUAAAUUGACAGCCACUGAAAUCUUUACAGAGAUUGCAUAAUUGCCCCCCAAUAGUAGCAUUUACUUGGUAGGUUUUAGUCUUGAAUAGAGAAAAUUGAAUGUUAGGUUGUGUGCAGAGUUCAUUGUAAAUAUUGUUCCCCCAAAGUUCCACUUUUUGUUCACAGUUCCUAUUAAAUUGCAUUUAUGUUUGUUUUCCUAAGGUAAGGUAGACGCAGAAACAUUCUCCAUCCUAGCCAAUUACAGUCAGGAAUUUGUAUUAUUUGAGACGGAUUUACUCUAUGUCCUUAGGAGUUUGACAUUUAGGGCAUUGGAGGAGGAGAACUACUCCUUAAUUUGCCAGUGUUUCAUUACUUGUUCAAAUGGAAAGGAAGUUCAGUGGAAAUUUUUUAUUGUGAAUUGGGUUUGAGGUUUUAAGUGAAGCUAUGACUGGAAGUAAAAUUGGGACUUAAUAGUUAAUGUUAAUACUGGAGAAUUGUACUUGCAAAGAAGCAUAGGUUUGUUCUAGAUAAAAUCUGGUUAAAUUUGGAUAAGAGAGAUUGAGUGGUAAAGUGAGAGAGAGCGAUGAGUAAAACUGUAUAUUUAGCAGACAAAAUCUGUUUUAAAAAUCUAUAUGUAAAGCAUCAAAAUUCUAGCUGUAUCUACAAGGGCACUUUGAGAAACUAGGUCAUCUUUUGCCAAUGAGCGGAGCUUUCGUCAGUAAACGAAACAAUGAAGUCCAUACACACAAGCUGACCCAUAGGACUUGUCUAGUAUAAAAAGCUCUAUAUGUCAGAUUAGAGAUCUGCCUUUGAAGUGGCUACAGUGGGACAUUUAGUAUUUCACAUCAAUGUCUAAUUAUUGGCCAGUGAAGCGCCGAUCAAUUGAAACUGUGAAGUUGCAGUAAAUAAUUAGGUUUAGUUUUUUUUAAAAAAAGGAGUGGCAGCAUCACUGAGCUUAGCUGUCAUUAGUUGUGAUCAUUUUUUAUUACACACUCAUAGUUAAGGCGAGAGUGAGAUAUCAGCUAGUGUUAUUAAUAGGGAGGAGAAAUACAAAUGUACCAAAGGAAAGUGAUGUAUUUUUGUUCUGUUACUGCACAUUUCCGGUUAAGACUGAGUGAUGAAUGUCACAAGGUGGUGGGCCUGAGUGUUUGAUGCCUUAUUUUAGGAAACAAUCUAGGUUAGGAUUAAGACCAUCAGAAGAAUUCUGUUGCUAGUCAUCAAACAGAAUUAGAUAAGGUUCCGAACUGAAUUCAGUAGCAUUUGAUUUUUCAGAAUUUGGUGUUGUGUAUACUUGGCAUUGUGUUUUCUUAUUCAAGGAUCGGGCUAGUGUAGAAAUGAGAGUACCUUUUACAACAAUCUAUUACCCUUAGUGAUUUCCUGGGAAGAUCAUUGCUACCCAAUGCACCCUCGACUGUGGGUUCUAACAAUUGCAGAAAGUUGUUUGACCAGAAUGUUGUGUGGCAGCACGUCUUUGACUUUUCUACAUAAUAAAUGCUAAUAAUAUCUAGAUAGAAAAUACUGACAAUAUUGAAGCGUGCUAAUAUAAUAUAAAUUUCUGGUUAAACCCUCUAAAUACUGACCAUUUCUGAGCUUGGAUUCUUACUAAAAACACACAAUUCCACAGAGCAAAUCCUAUUGUGUGUUGGUUUCUUUAUAUGUUUAUUUGAAACACAGGAGGGGUUCACUUUGUGCCAAAAUUAUCACAAAUGUAUGAAAAAUGCAGUAGAAAUGUACAUUCAGUGACAAGUAAUCCAUCAGAAACUACCUCCGUGUAGCACUUUCGGCACUACAGUAAUUGAAACUGAACAACUGGCAUCAAGGAGGUUAUAAGAGUCGGGACUGAUGUGUUUAAUGGUCAUUGUGCAGAUACUUUGAUGGUACACUACUAUGUAGCUUUCUAUCUGAAGAAGGACAUAUUUUCUAAUUUUAAAUGGAAAUGCCUAGUUUAUUAUCAACUCUCAUCAUCAUAGCUCAGCUAUCUUACAAAAUUCGCACAAAAAAGCAUCUUUUAAGAAAAGGAGAUGUGUAAUUUCCUUGUUGAAGAUUUGCACAAACCUCAUUACGUCUGAAAUUUUAUUGGUGACGUGCUGUCCUGACCAGCACAACACUUGUCCGAUAUGAAGAAACUGGCCUUACUUGAAAAGUGAUGGUUGCAUCUGUUGUACUUAUUAAGUGCUGUACUCGUGUUGCUCUAAUCUUAAAUGCAGCUUUAAAAUUGAAGUGUACACUUGUCAAUGCAGUGCUACUCAUUAGUGACAACAGAAGGUGAUUUUGAUCUUGUUUGCAUUGUUGGCUUAGUUGUCAUGCAUGGAGUUACCGGCGCAUGCAGUUCUUGUGUGCCUGCACAUGUCCAUUAAUACCCAUGUGUUUCACAGUGGAGUACAGUGCUAAUGUCUCCUGUAACCUGGUUAUCAUUCUGGAGAUGGAAUAACGAAUAUUCUCUCUGGGAGCUGUGGUUCAUGUCGCAAGAUAAGUGCUCAAAUAACAGUAAAAAGCAUUAUACUUUAGAGCAGUCGUGGCCAACUCGCAUGGCUUGUGGGGCUGUCAAGAAGCCCCCCACCCAACCAACCUCCGAACAUUAGCACUAGCACUAGUCCACGUUCGAUUGGCAGUGUGUUUCCAAAUUUUUCUUGAUUGAAUAUUUCUUGAUUUAUGGCAUAAAUAUUCAAUCACGAAAAUGCAUUUUGUUGGCCAACCAAAAGUUCAGUCACCACUGCUUUAGAACAACCAGAGUGCAUAGAACUUUGUAAAUGGCCGAAAUAAGGAAAUUUGAUGUGUUGGUUUCUGAAGAUGUGAAAAUGAUAGCUGAAAGCACCACCGCCAAAAGUAGGGAUGUGAAACCUUUUGAAUGAGUUUUUCUGAGGUGUGUGCUGGCAAAAAAAAACUGGAUUUAAAUUUAAGUAAUGGGGACUAAAACUUGAAAUCUUUUCUAAUACCUUAAUUUUCUGGAUGACUAAACAUAAUGAAUGUAUAUUCCUAUUGUGCAUCUAGACUAAAGUAAGCCUUGAGAGCCAUAUGUUUGAAUUGGCAAUUGCUUUGAUAAGAAAUGUUUAGCUUUUUUUUGUUACACUAUUUUAAACUGAAGUAUUUUUGUGGUGCGUGCUGACGUUUUCUUGUAGUUUCUAUUUUUUUUUGCUUUGUUAGUAAUCCCAACAGUAUUAACACAAAUAAUCAAUCUUGGAUGGUUUCCUUGGUACUAUGUACAUUCAAUGAUUAUAAUCAAAAACAAGAUGUUCUGCCUCUUAGGUUUUAUGCUUUAUGUAUGAUCUACUGUAUAUGAAGCAAGAUAUUGUAAUGCAUGAGACGAGCAUAAUGGCGUUAUCCAUUUCAGCGCAGCUGCCUUGUCUUGUAUUUGAAAAAAGCUGCAUUAGAACAAGGUUCACUAAUCAUUUCCAGAUACAAACUAUGGCUCUGGCAGUAUUUGACAUAACAUGUUUAAUAAGUAUAGGGAGCUAAAUAAUGUCUUUUAUAAAAUUUUGUCUGACUAAUUCAUAUAUUUGGUGAGAAAAAUUAUCCCUGGUACCUGCAUUGAGUGGACAAAGUGGACAAUGAAAUGAGUUCAUGGUGGUCUGCAGCUAAUGGGGAUUUUUUUUUUUGCUUUUUCACAAUGUUUUUCAAUUAAUUCUUGCAAAAGUGUUCAGUUAACAUUUUCUGAUUCUUUUGCCUGUGUGUUUUUUUUCUAAUUUUCUACUGAAUGUGAUUCUAGUUGUGACCGAUAUUUAAUAAGGUGGUUCAGUUAUUUUUUUUUCUGUGUGAAUAUUUACUUUUUUAGUGUCCGACUUGGAAGAAAACAAACAAAAAAAGCAUCAAAGUGUUGGGUUUGAUGCAGAUGGUGUAUUGCAUUGCGCUUUGGUUAGCAAGGCUGCUUGACUGGUAAUGGUUUCUUAUGUUCAGUUUCACACCUUAGUGACUGUGGAACUAGUGCAUUCUUUACUUAACCAUGUAUUUCAGUACUUGAUGGAUGAUGUGCACUUUUUCAUGAGGUUUCAAAAGUUAUAUUUAUAGGUACGGAACAAUGGGGAUGGUUUGUAAAGAAAGAUCACCUUUAUAUUUGCAGAUUUCUUUUCACUGUUAUCAUUGGAGGGGGGUAAAAUCUCUCAUUGUUUCAAUAAAAUCAAAAAAUUAAA